AUGACAUUACUAGUUGUAAAGAGAUAUAAAUUUCAUUUUGUAAGACCAAGAGUAAAUACUGUGGCAACCAAUACAAGUACAAGUCCAAGUUCAUCUGGCGAUUCACCUGUGGGCACCAAACCGGAAGACAACAACCGAAAUAGUUAUAGAAUAGAGAUGGAUGAGCUAUUCUCAGUGUUUGAUGCACCAACACAAGCAAAUUCUAAAUAUACCAAAAGACAAAGAGAAAGAGAUGAUGAAAAAGAAAAUGGUAAAUGGGAGAAACCAAGUGGAAAUAAAUUAGGUGAUACAGUAUCGAAUGUAAAUACAGCACAGUUGGAUCGUGAAGUACAGCAAUCAAAGAAACAACGUGCUGCCGAUAGUAUAGGUCGUGAAGCAGACAUCUCUAUCAACUCAAAGAAAACAGAUAAUACAUUGAAUGAAUUAAGAGCUUCUGCUACUGCUGCUGCAACAACUGGUGAACAAAAUAACAAUAAUAAUAAUAACAAUAAUAAUGAUGAUAAUGAAACAACAACAACAACAACGACUACUUCAACAUCAACAUCAACAGAUUUAACAACAUUUUCAUUACCUAAAACAUGUACGCAUGAAGUAUUGUUACCACCAGAUUACAUUGAUAACGAUCCAGAUCUUUAUAAUCCAAAGGAACCAGUCAAGCCAGCACGUACCUAUCCAUUCAAACUAGAUCCGUUCCAAGCGACCUCUGUAGCAUGUAUCGAAAGAAAAGAGUCUGUUUUAGUAUCUGCACAUACAUCUGCAGGUAAAACAGUAGUAGCAGAAUAUUCAAUUGCAGUCGCUCUAAGAGAAGGACAAAGAGUUAUUUAUACAUCACCAAUUAAAGCACUGAGUAAUCAGAAGUAUCGUGAUCUCAAUGAUACGUUCCAAGAUGUUGGUUUGAUGACUGGUGAUAUCACUAUCAAUCCGAAUGCAUCGUGUUUGGUUAUGACAACAGAGAUUCUCAGAUCGAUGUUGUAUCGUGGUUCCGAGUUGAUGCGUGAAGUUGCAUGGGUGAUUUUCGAUGAGAUUCACUACUUGCGUGACAAAGAGAGAGGUGUCGUCUGGGAGGAAACCAUUAUUCUGCUGCCGGACACCGUCAAAGUAUCGUCCGAUUCCACUGCAACACUAUAUCUUCCCGUCGGGUGGCGACGGUCUGCAUUUGGUGGUCGACGAAAAAGGCACGUUCAAAGAGGAGAACUUCCUAAAGUCGCUGUCUGGCUUGGCACAGACCGAGCUUGGCAAGAAGAAGCGUAUGCAGAAAGGACAGUCCGACUGCUACAAGAUCGUAAAGAUGAUUAUGGAGAGAAACUAUCAGCCCGUAAUUGUAUUCAGUUUCAGCAAGAAGGACUUGUCAGAAAAUUCGAUGGUGAAUCACAACGUUGGGUAACGGGUGGUGAGUAUAUCCAGAUGUCUGGUCGUGCCGGUCGUCGUGGUCUGGACGAGCGUGGUAUCGUUAUUAUGAUGGUCGACGAAAAGAUGGAGCCGGUCGUUGCCAAGGGAAUGGUUAAGGGUCAAGCCGAUCGUUUGACCAGUUCCUUCUGGAUCGGUUACUCCAUGUUGUUGAAUAUGAUGCGUGUCGAAGACAUCGAUCCUGAAUCACUGCUGAAGCGAUCGUUCCAUCAAUACCAACAGGAAUCGCUCAUCCCACAACUCAACCAGAAGAUCACACAGCUGGAAAAAGAAAAGACAACGAUCGUUAUCAAAGACGAGCAGGUCGUUCAGGAGUAUCUGAAUCUUCGAUUGCAACUUGCCAAGCUCAAAGAUGGAAUGCGCGAUUUCAUUAAUCAACCAUCUUAUGUGCAGCCCUACCUCCAACCCGGAAGAAUUGUUCGUGUGCGUGACGAGAAUCUCGAUUGGGGAUACGGUGUCGUUUUGAAUUUCUACAGAAGGUCCGUGAAACAAGGUGUUUCCGAUCAAACAUUUGAGAUUGUCACAGACAUGCUGUUGAAUACCGACGCCACCAGCAUUGCCACUCCAAAGCCGUGUCCAGCCAACGAAACCGGUGAACCACAAAUCAUCCCAGUCUCCAUAAAGUUGUUUGACGGAAUCACUUCGGUGUGUUUGAAUAUCAAGAAGGAUCUGUCACCGAACGAUCUCAAGCCACAUGUCUACAAGAUGCUGAGAGAAGCCGACAACCGUUUCAAGAAGGAGGGAGGACUACCGCUGAUCGACCCAAUCGAAGACAUGAGAAUUACCGACGCCAACUUUAAGAAACUGAUAAGAAAGAUCGAAACACUGGAAGCACGUCUUGUUGGAACAGCGGGAUUCAAAGAUUCCGACAUCGAGGAGCGUACCGAACAACUCCAGAAAAAGAAUGAAAUCGACAAGGAGGUGAAAUUGUUGCGAAAGAAGAUUAGAGAGGGCGAUGAAAUUAUUUUAAAGGAUGAUCUUCGUGCUAUGAAGAGAAUCUUGAAGCGUUUGGAUUACAUCAAUGCGGAGGAUGUCGUUCAGGUGAAAGGUCGUGUCGCCAGUGAGAUCUCAGCCGGUGACGAACUGGUAAUCAGUGAGCUUUUGUUCAUGGGUUUGUUCAACGAUCUCACGGUGGAGCAGUGUGUGGCGGUAUUCUCAGUUUUCGUAUUCCAAUCGGAGGGUGGUGGCGACGUCAACAACGCCAAGAUCAAGCCGGAUCUCGCUCCACUCUUUAGAAGCAUACAGGACACCGCUCGACGUAUCGUCCAAGUUUCACAGGAGUGCAAACUCACCAUCGAUGAGAAAGAGUAUCUCAAUCGAUUCAAUCCACAUUUCAUGGAUGUCGCAUUCGCCUGGGCAAACGGUGCUUCGUUUGCCGAGAUCUGUAAGAUGACUGAAACAUUCGAAGGUAACAUCAUCCGUUCCAUCAGAAGACUCGACGAACUCCUCAGACAAAUGGUAGUUGCAUCGAAAUCAAUUGGAAACAACGAUUUGGAAGUUAAAUUCUCAAGCGCAAUAGUAAAGAUCAAGAGAGAUAUUCCAUUCGCUGGUUCACUUUAUUUAUAA